GUUUGAUCCAAGCUGCCAAUCACGGAAUCGGGUAAACAUAAAUGAAAAAGUUUGAAGCGUGCCAUAUUCGAAGCUAAUAUGAGUAAUAAUAAUAAUUUCUUAUCUAAAAGUACGUAGAGCAUAAAUUAAAUUAAUAAAUAUUUGAAAUUUUCAAAUAUAAUAAUUUUAUGUAUACUGAAUGAUAAAUGUGUUGUUUAGCUGUACCUGAGUAUUUUGUUUGUUACAAUAAAUAUCUUCGUAUGCUGAUAUGGCAGCGCUGACACAGUAUUAAUUUGACAGCAGCGAAAAAAGCGCGUGCAUUUUCCUUCUGCUUAGUUCAGUGGAAUUUCUUUUAUGUGAAACACAAAUUUAUCAAUAGUUUUACGAUUUUUGUUUCUUUAUUUAAUUACUAAAAAUAAGUGCAAAUUAACAAAAAACAUUUGUUUAUAAACAGAAGUGAAAAGUUAUUCGUCGAAUUACGAAUUAGUUUUAACCUUGAAUUGUACUGAACACCAAUUUCGCAAAAAAUUGAAAGGGGUGAUUACAGCAACAACAACAACGAUAACUCGUACACGCGAACUCAAAAGAAGGAAAACUUCCGUUCUUUGCUCCGACGUGUGUAAAAGUUUUGUUAGGUUAGGACUAUAUUUGUACAAAAAGAUAAAGUUUGGCAUUAAAUGCCGCCCAAUAACGUAGAGCCAGUUGAGCAUCAACAAGGUGAUGCCGAAAUGCGUGAUGCAGAAGAAAUUCAGCCAACAACGUCAACAGCGCUUGCCAACAACGUCAACACGACGCAAAAUCAGGAUACGAAUAGUAGUGAAGUUGCCAGUAAUACACAUGAUGAGCAAGCACAAGCAGAACCAAAUGCAGACACAGAUACCGAGAUGAACGGAGCUGAGGAGAGUGAGUCUAAUGGCCGCAACGAAGCUAAUGAGAAUGCGGCCAAUGAAGAGGCAGGUGAAAAUGGAGAGGGUGGAGCUGGUGCAGCGGCUGAGGCUGAUCCAUUUUAUGGGUUCGAAGAUGAAGAACCAAAUUUCGAUACUAAGGAUAUGUCGCAAGUGUUGCAAAUUUGGGAAGCACAACAUACACGCUCCGGAUUCGAUCCAGUGCCAGUGUUGAAAAGAUUGGCCGAAAUCUUCGAAAAAGAAAAGGAAAUUUAUAUGCGUAAAAAUCACGAUCCAUUUGAGGAUCGACAUCCCUAUCGUACUGAUCCCAAGUGCCAAUUUGGUGUACUACUAAAGCAGCUCUUCCGCAAAGAUGCAUUCGUGAGUAAGCUAGUAAGCGACUAUCUGCGUGAUAAUUUCUUUACUCGCCAAAAUAUACAAAAAAGUUCCUUAGAACUUAAUAUACUAUCAUGCCGCCUAAUAUUCAUAAUUACACCUGGUUUGGAGACAUCUGCCGUAUUUCAAGGCGAAUUCGAACAUCUGAUUCAUAGAAUUUUCGGUUGGGCCGAAGAUAGUAUUGAGCCUUUACAAAGUUAUGCCACCGGUCUGCUAGGUGCCGCUAUGGAGGUAACCGAAAUAGCAGUGUCAUUCAAGGAACGCAAUGUACGACUCAUACCGAAAAUGCUAAAACGUCUACAUAUGUUACAAGCGAUCUACAAUUCUGGCAAUGAAUGUAGCAUUUCAAUUCUUGCGCCACCACCGCUACCACCAUCCGAAACGAAUUCACCUAAUGAUUCAUUUGAACAAUUUCUGGCGCCUUGGAUUGCUAACGACACAGCUUCCGUGUCUUCGCCCCAAUCGGAGAAUAAUGCCAAAGCAACAACAUCGCAAGCUUCGAAAAGUACAUUAUUGGACACACAUUGUUCGAAUUCGAACAUGUCGACUUUGCUAGAGAACAGUCGUGAUGCCUUCCCUCAAGGCAGUGGUUCGCACUACUACAAGAAAAUGUACAUACCACUGCAUCCGCCCACCGCCGAAUCGAGUCAAAUGCUAAUGUUACAUUAUUUAACAUCACUCGGUAACCAUCAAGAUUAUUUAGGUUUGGUUUUCGAACAUCGUGCUAUGCAAUUAGUAUUCGGCUAUUUAGAGAAUUUGGAUAGGCGUGACACUUGUCUAGCCUUUGAGGCGCUCAGAUAUCUGGCUUCAUUGCUUUGUCAUAAAAAAUUCGCUCUAGAAUUCAUUGCGCACGGUGGACUUGAGUUGCUGCUUAAAGUGCCGCGUCCCAGCAUUGCAGCUACUGGCGUUUCUAUAAAUCUCUACUACCUCGCCUACUGUGAAGAGGCCAUGGAACGCAUGUGCAGCAUGCCACGAACUGUGAUAGUCGAAUUAGUGCACUACGCGCUUUGGCUAAUGGAACGCUCUUAUGAUUCGGGCGUUUGCCAUGCGACCAUGUUCUUUGGUCUAAGUUUUCAGUUCAAAGUCAUUUUGGAUGAAUUCGAUGCGCAAGAUGGUUUGCGAAAGCUCUACAAUGUGAUUUCGAUACUAAAAAUUUUGAAUCCAUCAAACAACGAUGAUGACGAGAACCCUAUUAAUGAUGAUUUGGAAUGCGCUUCACGUCAACUCGUGCGUCAUGUGUGUGUGGCGCUCAAACGCUACAUGGAGAGUCAUCUUUUCUACAAGUACAAUAACUUUAUGCGUCAACAAUGCUUGUUUUCCACCGAGUUCUCGCAACAUAUUGUCACCAAAGCGGCGAAACUAAGUUUGGAGCAGAUCAGCGAACAGGUGCGCACAUUACAGGAGAACACAUCGGUGCGCGCACAUUGGGCGCCCGUGGACAAGCUGUUGAAAGUGAGCGGUAUAACAUUGCUGCUGAAAAUCAUAGCGCUUUCCUACGACUGGAACAACAGUGUCAGAUCCGAAAUAGUGCGCUCCGCCUUGGAUGUGCUGUCAAUUUGCUGUGUCAUACCGUGCGUAUUUCACAUUUAUUGCGAGCGCUUGGAUGUGCCAGAUAGCGCCGGUGCCUCAGGUAUUUACUUCAUAUUGGCUGCUGCUUCGGGCGAUAUCACUGCAGACGCCGAUGUGCAAAAAUCAGCUUUGGCCGUCUUGGUCCAUUGCGUCUGUGCACCGCUGUCGCGGAAGGAACCAAAUACCGUCAUCAAAGUGUUCCACUCAUCCAAGAAAGAGCCAAGUAACGCAGCGAAAGGCAACAAUUCGUCCAAGCGCAACAAACCAGCAAAUCGCUAUUGCGAAGAGCUAAUCGAGAAGGUUUGGGAGUCGGUGUGCUCCAAUAACGGCAUUAUUAUAUUGCUCUCGUUGAUGCAAAUCAAGGCGCCCAUUACCGAUGCGGACUGUAUUCGUGGCAUGGCCUGUCGCGCUUUGGCCGGUCUGGCGCGCUCGGAGCGCGUAGGCCAAAUUGUCGGAAAACUAACACUAUUUUCGAACGGACAAAUACAGACGCUAAUGCGCGAUCCCAUACUGCAGGAGAAACGCGCUGAGCAUGUCUUAUUUCAGAAGUACGCCAUCGAGCUCGUUGAACGCGUUUCGGGCAAAACAAAACCCAUUUCCAAUAAAAUGGAUCCCUCACUUGCCAACAUACACAAAGCCAAUGUGAUCGCGCAAACGAAAAUCCAAUAUAACGAGCAGCAGCUUUAUCAACUGAUACACGAUCAUCUGGAAUCGAAGGGUCUGCUGCAGACGGCGCAAAUGUUGCAGAAGGAGGUGGGCCUCCCGCAAACGUCCGCGAACAUCGCGAAAAGCUUCCAUCAAUCGCCGUUCGACUACAAAGUAUUGCCUUCAUCAUCGGCGCGCCAGCGUUUGCGCAGUCGCAUGCAAGACGUCAACAAUGCCAUACAGAAUAUAGCGAAUUCAGCAACAAGUGAUCAGCAGCAACUGAACAACAGCAUGACAAUGGAUGAGCUGCCGAGCAGCAGCAGCACGGUAACGCCAAUUAAAUUAGUGAAAAAGUCAGAGAAAAUAUCCACCAGCACUAGCAGCGCCAGUGCUUUGGCCAUUGCGAAUGCGAAUGCGCAACGUUCCUUGCAAAAGCAAAUAUCCUCACUGCCAGAGGACGUGCGUUCGGAGAACGGUUCGCCGCCGCCGCAGCACGGCAAUCAGACGGGCAUCACGCUGGGCACCAUCGUCACCGAGUAUCUCACGAAUCAGCAUGCUUUGUGCAACAAUCCGAUGACCACAUGUCCGCAAUUCGAUUUAUUCACGCCACACAAGUGCCCGGACCCCAAGCCCAACCGCUCGGGCGAUAAUCUAAAUUUAACAGCGCGCAUUUUCAAAGCGCAAGCCGGUUAUAAUACAGCGCGUCUGGAUCGUCGCUAUGUGCAUUCGAACUUCGCGCCCUGGCGUUCGGUGCGCUCCAACGACUUCCCCUCGCUGCAGUUCUCCACGUGUGAGAUUGUGUCGCCCUCCAAACUGCUGCUCGUCGGCACGCAUCGCGGCGAAGUGAAAGCAUUCAAUCUCUCCACCGGCACUGAAGUAUUCUCCUCCGUAUGCCACAGUUAUGUGGUCGAUUCUAUCAUUUCGAACCGCGCUGGCGACCUGGUGUUGACCUCGUGCUCUUGGCGUUCGCCACUCAGUGUGCUCUGGUCUAUUCAACAUAACGAGUUCACGACGAAGCUCAGCUUUGGCGACGACUACUAUUGCGAAUUCAACAAUUUAACGCAGGACAAAGUGCUCGGCACGCAAAAUGAUUGCGCCAUCAUUUACGAUAUAAAUACGGGAAAUAAGAUUUCCAAUUUUAGGCCAACGCUUAGCAAUCAGUAUGUCAAGAAUCGUGCCACCUUCUGUCCCACCGACGAGCUCAUUCUGUCAGAUGGUGUACUAUGGGAUGUGCGUUCCGGCAAGGAGAUACACAAGUUCGACAAGCUGAAUCAAUGUCUUUCCGGCGUAUUCCACCCGAACGGUUUGGAGAUUAUUUCAAACACCGAAGUGUGGGAUCUGCGUACAUUCCAUCUGCUGCAGACGGUGCCGGUGCUGGAUCAGUGUUUCCUGAAAUUCUCGCCGAUGCGCGUCAUCUACAGCUACAAUGCGGAAGCGUCCGAUGAGCGGAUCGAUGCGAUGCUGGAGGAAUUGCCUGCCUGUGAGACUAGUUUUAAGGUUCUGGACGCGUACGAUUACUCAUCGAUAUCGACGAUAGACGUGCGACGCGGCAUCUACGACAUGAGCAUAAGCGAUAAUGGCAGUCUGAUUGCGCUGGUGGAGAACCAGCCGGCGUUCGAUUCGCGGCCGGAGACUUUCGUUAAAAUCUACGCUGUGGGCAUGAAGAAGAUCGAGAAUCAAGAUGAGGUGCGUCAUGGCGACGCGUCAUGCAUGGGCGUCGGCGUCGGCAAUGACGCUAGCAAUAGCACAGAACGCGCUGCAGCGCAUGCGGACGCUGACAACUAUGAUGACGACGACAAUAACGCCAUUAUAAAUAUUGAUAUUGACGAUGAUGAUGGUGAUGGUGGUGGAGGUGGAGGAGGUGGCGGUGGCGGUGGCGUUCGAGGUCUUGACCUUGCCGCUGCCCGCAACCAGAACGACGAUGACGAUAACGCCGACGUAGUUAACAAUCGUCGUGCCGGUGAUCAUAUUCGUCGUUUUGGACGCAUACGCGAAAUCAAUAUCGACAUCGACGCAAGUCGGCGACACAACGGCGGCAGCGGUAGCGGCGGCGGUGGUGAAGAAAUCAUCGUGAGCUUUCGCAGCUCAGCGUUGCCCGCGGCCGCCAGUGGCAAUGGCGGCGUCGGUGUAAUGAUCGGUCGCGGUAGCAAUGGUCAUGCUGCGCCACGUCCCAGUGCCGCUGGCGGUGCACGCAGCGCUAGAUUAGCACCAGCUGCAGCAGCAGCAGCAGCCUCAAGCAGAGGUAGUGCGGGUAAUGCGUUACGCAUCAAUCGCAACAAUCGCGCUGUUGCAGGCCGAGCGAUCGGCGGUGGUGCCGGCGGCGGCGUCGGCGGAGCCCUGGCUGUUAAUGGCAACGCUGUGCGCGCCGACCUAGGCGCUGGGAUUGACGCGGCAGCACAAGACCUCAUCGAUGCGAUUUUGAAUAAUUGGUUAUCUCUGCUUUCAGGAAGAUGAUGAAGAGCCUGAGUCUGAUGAGGAUGGUUCGGACAGCGAUUCAACAGACAUUUUUGAUAUCAGCGAUGGUCAGCUUCGUUUUCGUCGACGCAAUCGUUCGGACGGCGAUGACGACGACGACGACGAAGAUAUGGAUAGCGAUGAUGAUAGCGACAACAACGACGGUGAUGACGAUGACGGCGAUGGUUGGGUAGAUGUCAACUCACAUUCGUCCAUGAGCGAUGACAACGACAACGACGACGGCGAUGACAAUGAGCAAGCUCAGCGCGUAUCGUCAUCGUCGGACGAUGAGAUUAUGGAAAUACAUUUUCGGCCUUUCUAGAAACUGUCCAACGCUACUGUCCAUUGCUCUUGGAGCAUAUUAAACAUAAAAUGCUCGUGAAACCAAUGUAAAAAUGCAUGCAAACUUUCCACCAUCUGUUGAUGCGCUUAACGUCUAGAGUUUGAAGCAAAAGUGUAGCAGUUCUAAUAUUAAUUUUGUUCUGGAAACAAUAGUGAUUUGUUAAUAAUACCACAACAAUAACAACAGAUGCUAGAAAGACUACCACAAUUCAAGAGCAAAGCAAAAUUUUUGUUUAUCCAUUUGUACUAUAAGUUAUAAUUUCAUUAGUUGCCGUGUAUAGUAGUUAGUCUCAUCGAAAUACAGAAGCAAAGCAAAGCAAAGCAAAACACAAACGCAUAAAGCCGCGCGUCUAAAACCGCGAAUACGAGUGAGUAAUAGCAAAUGUUUUUUAUUUUAGUUUAAAUUAUUCUAAAUCUAAAAACUUAUAUUUUUUAAAAGUUGUAAAGUACAAGAGCGCUCACUAAGUUUUGUAUUUAAAUAUUUGGAGCAAGUAAUUAAUUACAAAGAAAAAUAUAAUAAUAUAAAUCCUUCGUUCCUUUUCGCAUGUUCAAAUGCCGAUAUUUAAAAGAAAAAAAAAA